AUGGGGUUCCUGUUUUCCAAACCGCCUCCUAAAAAGGAAGAGUUCUCCUGCGAAAUGUACAGCGACAAAUUUUUCGCUCUAUGCGCGGCGGGAGGCGCGCUCGCUUGCGGUCUCACACACACCUUCGUCACGCCGCUCGACCUGGUCAAGUGUCGCCUACAAGUCGACCCUAAGAAGUACGGCUCACUAUUCAAAGGCUUUGGGAUCUCAUAUAACGAAGGCGGCGCCGCGAAUCUCGUGAAGGGAUGGGCGCCUACAUUAUUCGGUUAUUCGCUCCAAGGUGGAGUGAAGUUUUCCGGCUACGAAUUUUUCAAGUACAAGUAUGCUUCAAUGGUGGACGAGGAGACGGCGUUCCUGAAGCGAACCUACCUGUACCUGGCCGCGUCUGCGUCCGCCGAGAUGGUGGCAGACGUGUUCCUCGCGCCGUUUGAGGCCACGAAGGUGCGGAUGCAGACGACUCCUUGCUACACGUCACAAAUGCGCGUCGCCAUGCCUCUCAUGAUUCAUACUGACGGCUUCGGUGUGUUUUACCGCGGACUCCUGCCGCUGUGGGCGAGACAGGUGCCCUACACCAUGAUGAAGUUCUCAUCUUUCGAGAAGGUGCUCGAGUACUUGUACGCGAAUGUAGUACCGAGACCGAGGGAGCAGUGCACUAAAGCGGAACAGCUGAUGGCAACGUUCUCGGCGGGGUAUAUCGCGGGCGUGUUAUGUGCCAUCGUGAGCCAUCCCGCGGAUAUGAUCGUGUCCAAGCUGAACAAGGACCCGACCUCGUCCAUCGGCGGCAUCCUCGCCGAGGUGGGCAUGUUCGGGAUCUGGCGCGGGCUGGUGGCUCGUAUCAUAAUGAUCGGCACGCUCACCGGCCUGCAGUGGUUCAUAUACGACGGGUUCAAGGUGUACACGGGCAUGCCGCGGCCGCCGCCUCCUGAGAUGCCGGAGUCACUCAAAAAGAAGAUGAAGGAACAGAAAUGA